AUGUUGGCGGUCGGUGCAGCUUUCACACUGAACCAAGCAAAUUAUGAGGGAUAUACGGAUUUCAUCGCUUCAGGUGGACCAAAUCAUUAUACGUGGAACGUCAUCCGCUCCGAAGCAGAUGAGUUACUAUUUCGACAUGCGGCAAAGUCAGGUGCAAAGGCUUUUGACGGGGUCAAGGUCAACUCAAUCGAGUUCGCACAACCGCCUACUUCGAAUGGCACGGCCGGAAACGAAAGCGGUGCCUCGGCUCUCGGUCGUCCUGUCUCUGCGUCGUAUACACUCAAAUCCGAGGGUGUCAGCGGCGCUGUGAAGUUUGAUUACAUUAUUGAUGCAAGCGGCAGUAAAGGGUUGCUAAGUACCAAAUACUUGAAGAAUCGCACAUUUAAUCAAGGUCUCAAAAAUGUUGCAAGUUGGGGAUACUGGAGAUCCACGGGGAAAUAUGGAAUCGGAACAGCAAGAGAGGACUCGCCUUACUUUGAGGCACUAAUCGAUGAGAGUGGCUGGGCUUGGUUCAUCCCUCUCCAUGAUAAUACCACAUCCGUCGGCGUUGUCAUGAACCAAGAAAUCAUGAACAAGAAAAAAGCUGCCUCUGGUCUGUCAAGUAGAGACUUCUACCUAUCGUCUCUGAAGCUGGCACCGCAUCUCAACGAGUUCCUAUCGGGAGGCGAACUUGUCACAGGAAUCAAAUCGGCGUCAGAUUUUUCAUACAGCUCAUCUUCCUAUGCAUUCCCAUAUGCACGCAUUAUCGGCGACGCGGGAUGCUUUAUCGACCCAUAUUUCUCCUCCGGAGUCCAUCUGGCAAUAACAAGCGCGCUUUCUGCCGCAGUGACAGUCUCGGCAGCUAUUCGAGGCGACUGCGAAGAGGAAAUUGCCGCAAAAUGGCACAGCAAUAAGGUAAAAGCAGGUUACUCACGCUGGCUGCUUGUCGUCUUGAGUACGUACAAGCAAAUAGGUAACCAAAAGGAACCGGUCUUGAGUGAAUACGGCGAAGACAAUUUCGAUCGAGCGUUCAAUUUCUUCAAGCCGAUCAUCCAGGGAACAGCCGACACCACGAAUAAACUCACGCAAGCCGAAUUCUCCAAAUCAUUCCACUUCUGCGUCAAAGCGUUCGACCGAUACAAGAACAAAACUGACAGCGAGGAACCGACCAGCAAAGAAGAAGAGAAGAUGCUCGCUGAGUUUCGAUCAACACAAACCAAGACUUGGAAUGGCAUAGAUAGUUUCACAACGGAUGAUAUUGACGGUCGUAUGCCUAGGCUAGAGAGGGGGAAUUUAGGACUUAUGUCUGUUAUUGUUGCCGCGCCAUGA